AAGAUAUUAAUUUAGAGUAAAUAUAUGGCAGCUAUUUAAAAACAUUGAAAUAAUUCAAAAGAUAAUAAGAAAAUUAUUCUAAAUUAAAUGAAAGGGAUGUAGAUGCUUUUAGAAAAAAUACGAACAAUUAGGAAUUCAAAUUCUUCCAUUAAUACACGAUAUAAAAAUUAAUAUAUUCGAAAGAAUGGUGAAAUAUGAUAUAAAUAAAAUUCUUGAUUUUAAUUUCUAAAUGCAUCUUUAUAGUAAUAAAGAAUUAUGUGAUAUUUCAUUUUUUAUGUUUUAAUAUGCUAAUUUACAUAACUAAAAUAAUAUUGAUGAUUAAUACCUUAAAAAUCUUAUAGAAAAAUUAUGCUUAAAUUAUAAUAUAAUACCUUAUCAUAAUUGGACUCACGCUUUUUAAUUAAUGCAUAUGUAUUUUUGCACAUACUUCAAUAGUUAAUUGAAAAACUUUUUAGAGCCUUUUGAAUUUUUAGUAGGAUUAAUUUCAGGACUUGCACAUGAUAUUAAUCACAAGGGGUUUAAUAACAUAUAUAAAAUAAAAAGAAAAUCUGAAAAUAGUUUAAGAUAUGCUGAAUAAGGAGUACUUGAAAAUAUGCAUAUUUCUUAGUUUUUUAGAAUUAUUUUUAAUAAUCCUGAAUUGGAUAUUUCUUAAAAAAUUACUGAACCAGUAUUUUUUUUUUCUAAUUAUAUUUUACUUUAAUAUAUAAAAAAAGAACAAACUAAACAGAUUUAAAAAAUUAAUAUUUUCUAAUAUUAUAAAUACUGA